AGGAGGCGGGCACGUGAAUGAGCAGGCGGGGCGGCCAACAGCUCUUCCGCCAUCAUGGCGGCGCCCGUAGUGUGAGGCGAUGUCGGGCAGAGGCGUUUGGCUCCGGGCUCGAGCGCGGCUGCGGCGCUUCCCCGCACUGCUGGCGGAUUGCAGGGAGCAGGCCUCGGCUUACGGGCGCUGCGUGGCCGCGGCCUCCGCUGGAAGCUCGGAGCUACGGCGGGACGUCUGCUUGAGGGAGUUCCAGGCCUUGCAGGAGUGUUUCGCCCGCGCGGCGGCGGCGAACAAGUGACAGAGGUGACAGUGGCGACUGCAGCUGCAGAGUGGGGGGAUGGAACUCGGGCUUGGCCGGCAUUAUGGCCCCGGCCCCAGGCUCCUUCCCUUCCACGCAGAAGCUUUUCCCCACUCAGCAGUGCCUGUGUGGGAACCACUGCCCAUUUAUUAAAAAAGUAAAAUCAGA